AUGGCUUUUGUUCACCUCCCAAAUGCCCUAUGGCUUUUGCACCUUACCCUCAUGCUCUCCACCACCGCAUUUUCACAAUACUCACCGGCACCCGCCCCAAAGCCACCAUGUGACCCAUCGAAAAAAAACUCGAACUUGCCGCCUCCGGUGAUUAAGGUCUCACCGGAAGAGCCGCCAACCACCAACUCCACCACCAGCCGUUCAUCCACCAACAUCCCCACCACCAGCCGUUCAUCCACCGACAUCGCCACCACCAAUUGUUCAUCCACCAACAUCGCCGCCGCCAACCACUCAUCCUCCGACAUCGCCACCAUCAGUCCCGUUCAUCCACCAACAUCGCCGCCGCCAGUUGUUCAUCCACCAAGAUUGCCACCACCAGUUGUUCAUCCACCAAGAUCGCCGCCGCCAGUUGUUUAUCCACCCACAUCCCCACCACCAACCGUUCAUCCACCAACAUCGCCACCGCCAGCUGUUCAUCCACCGACAUCGCCUCCGCCAGUGGUGCAACCACCCACGCCACCACUAACUAAUCCUCAUCCCAAUGGACCGAUUGCCGUCGAAGGACUCGUUUUCUGCAAAUCUUGCAAGAACAGGGGAAAGAAAACUCUCUCUAGUGCUUCUCCUCUUGCAGGGGCACUCGUGAGGCUGGUUUGCAACAACACGAUGACAAGUUUUGUGCUGGAGAGGAAAACCAAGAAAGACGGCUACUUCUCGUUCAAGCCGCCAAAAAUGAUGGCAGUCGAUGCCCGCUAUUGUCGGGUGUUCUUGAUCCGCUCUCCGAACCCUCAAUGCAGCUUCCCAAGCGACCUCAACCAUGGCUCAUCCGGCGGCAUUCUUGUCCCGGCCAUCAAGCCGCCGUUCAAGGGCCGACACAAGAAGCCGCCACAUUUUGCAAUUCAUACUGCAGGGCCCUUUGCCUUCGAGCCCCUCAAGAAUUAUCCGUGCCGGGAUUAGAAAUGGUUAAGUGCUAUAGCCAGCUAGAGUUACUCGCGAGGCUAUUGUUUUAGAUUGGUUGGUCUUUAAUCUGUCUGUUUUGCUUUCUUCAGCUCAUUUUCGUGUUCUUAAGCUCUUUUCGAUAGUUCAAAUAAAGAAGCGUUU